AUGGCUGGACGACCUGAGCUUCCUGCGUGGACCCCACCCGUGCCUACGCGCGAGACGGAUCUCGAAUGGGCCCCGCUCACCACGCUCGACCUUUCGCAGAUCAGUGGGGACGACUUCACCUCGGUCCCCGAGUCGGUGGUGCGCGAGGUGGGCGAGGCUUUCUCGCGCGAUGGAUUCAUCUAUGCCGAGAACCACGGCCUGUCGUGGGAGCACGUGCUGCGUCAGUUCGCCAUUGGCCAGUACGCGUUCAACGGCGUCUCGGAGGCAGACAAGGCCAAGUACAAGGCCGACAUCCUCUCCACCGGCUCGUUUGUCGGAUACAAGGAGCAGGGACACUGGAAGCUCAACGGCGUCAAGGAUCGAAUCGAGCAGCUCAACUUUGGAUCGCAGAGUUUUGCUGCCGACAAGCGCGAGCAGCUCUUCCCACCGUCGAUCCAGCAUCUGCUGCCGGAGAUCGAGGAGUUUGCACGAUUCAACCACGCAGUGAUCCUGCGCAAGAUCCUGAGCGUGCUGUCGCUCGUGCUCAAGCUGCCCGCGAACCAUCUGUGGGAGCUGAGCAAGGAGCCCGAAAAGCGCGGUCUGGAUCUGCUGCGGUAUGCCAUGUACCACACUCCUGACCAGCAGGAUGACGACAAGCUCGGUGGCGUCAGACUCCAGGGUCACACCGAUUUCAACUCGGUCUCGAUUCUGUGGAGUCAGCCGAUUACGUCGCUCGAGGUGUUGAUGCCUGAUAACAAGUGGCGCCUGGUCAAGCACCGCGACAAUGCGCUCGUGAUCAACCUGGGCGAUGCAAUGCACUUUAUCUCGGGCGGGUAUCUCAAGCAGACCAUCCACCGCGUCGUUGCCCCACCCGCCGACCAGGCCCACUACACGCGUCUCGGCAUCUUUUACUUUGCCCUUUUCAACGACGAUGUCGCGCUCGAACCCAUCGAGGAGUCGAGCGUCGUCAGGGAGACGUAUGCCGCAAGGAAGCACAAGGAGGGCGGAUUCUGGGACGCCGCCAAGGCCAAGGGCGAAAAGGUGCCCACCGCAGGCGACUGGGAGAGGCUCAGGGUCAAGGCGUACGGCCAGCAACAGGCAAAGAAGGCCCAGGACGGCCAUGACGUCGAGGAGAUCGCCGGCCAAAAGGUGCUCGGUUACAACGGCGAAAGAGUCAAGUCCAAGUUCACCGCUCAAACCAGUGCCGUUCGCGCCAACUAG